GGACCUUUCUUCCCCAGAGAGACGCCUCAACCCCACCCACCCCACCUCCACAAGAACACCACGCCACACAUCCCAUCCAGCUCCACGGUGAGGUUUGAGCGAUCCGAGCAAAAAUCAUCAGCAACGCAGCGCAGGUUUGUUCUCUGAACUCUCUGAUUCUUCUUUUAGCAGCAGGGACGCACAGCACAAAGAAAGGUCCGGUUCAAGAGGCUCUCUUCUUUUGGGUUUAUUAGAAUCCUCAAAAGAAGCGUGUUCUUGGGUUAGGAUUUUUUCUCAACUUCAUCACACCUCUCCUAGCUAGGGGGAACAGAGAUCCAGAGAACCUUUUUUCUCUUCUGGAUUCUUGCCGACUUUUGUUUGGCCUUCGAUCGAAAGGGUUGUUUUGCAAUACCCUUGUCAGCUCACCACCCCUUUUUCUUUGCAUAAACACCCACCUCGUUUCUCUACUUUUAUUGAGGAACAGGUCUGAUUUCCAAACUUUUUCCUAUUUUGAUUUUGCAUAACAAAAAAGCUCCUUUUAUCUCUUCUUCUAGCUCCAGCCAAGCUUAGCUUUCUGCAUCUAGUAGUCCUCAUGGCCGCAGCUAUCGACAUGUACAAGUACUACAACGCACACCAGAUCGCCUCCUCCUCCCCCUCGGAUGAGGAGCUCGCGAAAGCACUCGAGCCUUUUAUAACGAGUGCUUCCUCCUCCUCUCCCUACCAUCGCUACUCGUCUUCUCCAUCCAUGUCCCAAGAUUCUUACAUGCCUACACCCUCCUACACCAGCUUCGCCACCUCGCCUCUUCCCACCCCCGCCGCCACCUCCUCCUCCUCCUCGCCUUUCUCGCAGCUUCCGCCACUCUACUCGUCGCCUUACGCGGCGCCGAGCAUGGUUGGGCAGAUGGGCCUGAACCAGCUCGGCCCGGCCCAGAUCCAGCAGAUCCAGGCCCAGUUCAUGUUCCAGCAGCAGCAGCAGCAGCAGAGGGGUCUGCACGCGGCGUUCCUGGGCCCGCGGGCGCAGCCGAUGAAGCAGUCCGGAUCGCCGCCGCUGGCGCCGGCGCAGUCGAAGCUGUACCGCGGCGUCCGCCAGCGCCACUGGGGCAAGUGGGUGGCAGAGAUCCGCCUCCCCAAGAACCGCACCCGGCUGUGGCUCGGCACCUUCGACACCGCCGAGGACGCGGCGCUCGCCUACGACAAGGCCGCCUUCCGCCUCCGCGGCGACAUGGCGCGCCUCAACUUCCCGGCCCUCCGCCGCGACGGCGCGCACCUCGCCGGCCCGCUCCACGCCUCCGUGGACGCCAAGCUCACCGCCAUCUGCCAGUCCCUGACGGGUUCCAAGAACGGCGGCUCCUCCGGCGACGAGUCGGCCGGGUCCCCGCCGGACUCCCCCAAGUGCUCGGCGUCGGCGUCGACGGAGGGGGAGGAGGAGUCGGGCUCCGCCGGCUCCCCUCCUUCCCCGACGCUGGCGCCGCCCGUGCCGGAGAUGGCGAAGCUGGACUUCACCGAGGCGCCGUGGGACGAGACGGAGACCUUCCACCUCCGCAAGUACCCGUCCUGGGAGAUCGACUGGGAUUCCAUCCUCUCGUGAACGAUCAACUACAACUGCUAUAGUAGUAGCAGCAGCAAGAUUCAGUCAGUGUCAGCUCAAUGAUAGCUCUGUGUAAUUUUCGAUUUGGGGUUUGCAGCGGCGGUGGCUCGAUGGCAUUUUAGACAUCGGCCAUGGCGGCUGCGAGUAGCAGUGAGUAAACUAGUAGCUAGUACAUCGUCGUCCAGUGUUGUGAUGCAGCAGUAAGUAUGUGCUAAUCUCCUGGUUGAGCUGCCGGUUGUUUUUUCUCACGGCACGGCCAGUCGAGAAAGUCAUUGUAAUCCUGUGUUAUUAAGUGUUAUGAUCUAUCAGUUGCUUCUUAAGUAAUUCCUCUGGCU